UCACCCUUUGUGUGGCGGGAGCUGGGCUGGUCUCUCCCGGCCCCGGCAUGGAAGAGCAGGAGCUGUAAGAGGCAGCCAUGGUCACCUGUGGCUCCUUGGCCGGGCGUCCAGUCAAUCAUUUAUGUGGGUUGGAGGGCCGCAGCCGGAACACACGGAGCCUCCCGGUCACCGGUCACCGGGCUCAUUCUGCCUUCAGGACGUGAGCGCAGGGACCCAGAGAGAUGUGUCUGAAAUCAGAGAAGAAUCCAGGCAGCCGGGGAACGCAGGUGGGAGCCUGGGAGUCUCUUUAUGGCCCGUGAAGGUCACCCUGGAGAGCCCCGCGCACACACCCGCACCUGGGGCCGCCGGGGCAUGGGGACAAGGAGCUGUGAGCUGGAAAACACCGGAGCAGGUCGGAGUCGGGCCACUUCCCCGGUCCCUCCUGCUGCACUCAGUGCCCGGGUGAAACAAAGAAAAUUGUGUCUGCCAGGCUGGCGAGCCGGAGUCACAAGAUUGCGCGUGUCAUGCAGCGCCCUGGGACUCCUGCAGGGACCCGUCCGCUCGGGUCCGCCGCCCGCCACGCGGAAACCGCCGGGCGCCGGACCUUCCAGAUCAAAGCCUUCAGCACCGAGUUGAAAAACCAUGUGAUGGUCAUGGAUUUCGUGAAGAGCAACUGGUUUCCCUCCCAGAGCAGAGCCAAAGUGUGUAUCCUCCGUCUGUACCGCGGCCUGAAGCCGGCCGAGAGGAGCGCCAGCACCUACGAGGAGACGCUGACAUCACAAAACACGAAAAUGAUUUCGUCCUUAGUCAUUUCGCAGCUGCUCGAUGAGAACAAGCCCACGGAGAAGGGGGCCGCCGUGCCCGCGCUGUGCGCCGACGCUCAGCCGCCCACGUGGCCCGGGAAGUGCGCUCUGGCCAGCCGCAGCGGGGUCACCAUCAACAGGGCCUUCGCGUUCCUUCCCGGCCAGCUAGGACCUCAGCCACCGGCCGGGGUGCCAGGACCGAAGCCUGCGCUCACCCCCAAAGAGGAGAAGCAGCCGGGCGGCAGCCCCCAGAAGGGGUUUGCAUCCAUCACCAUCACGGCCCGGCGUGUGGGCCCCCCGGCCAGGGCCCUGGUGUGGGGCACCGGGGGGGACCCGCUGUGCAGCCGGUGCCGGGCCCAGGACCCUCAGCUCAGGGGCCCCCCUGCUCUGGCCAGCGGCGCUGACCCCGGUCGGCACCACGGACCUCUCGCCUGCACGGAACCCUCCAGAAGCAGCCCUGUGAUGCGGCUGGGGUUCCCGGAGGCCCACGCCCACCCAGGCCGCCCGCGGUCGGGGCAGGGCCCGCUGCUGUUCAGCUCCUGUGUGCACCUCAGGGUGUCUCGGCGGUGCCCCAACGCCACCUGCUCUCCGGACCGGUCCCCCUCCGUCCCCGUGGAGCCAGCUCAGCCGGCCGGCCCCCAAACGCACAGGGCCGUCCUGUCCCUCAACCUAAACUGCAGUUCUCACCGACUGACACCAGAUGGGGCAGACGGCCCGGCCACCGGGGGGCCAAUGAGCAACAGUCUGAAGCCGCAGCUGGCGGAGGCCCCCGCCCUGCACCCCUCCUUGGGACAGGUGCACUUGGGGGCUGGCACAUGCCCUUGGAGUGGCCCCCCUCCGACGGAAAGCACAGAACUCGCAGAUGCGGGGACUCGGCAGAUCACGGCGAGGAAAGGGAAGGGGGACCACGGGACGCCUCGUCACACCGGCAGCCACACCAGCGCUCACACCAACCAGCUGUCCAUCCACAUUCCCGGCUGGAGCUACCGGGCAGGCAGAUCUGGGCCAGCCGUUCCCACAGAGGGAGCCAGUAGCUCCAACCAGGCCAUCGCUGCUCUAAGUGACAUGAGAAUAAAGCAGCAAAAAGGCAGCGGGGCCCAGCACGUCCGCGGGAGAGCAGCGAUCUUCUUCCUCUGCGGGCUCUCCCCGGAGCUCUGGCCGCCCGAGCCCACCGAGGAGCCGGAGACCCCCGACCUGUGGGAGGGCUGCUCCGAGUGCCAGCAAGCACCAGCCAGCCCCUCCUUGACCUUGCAGGAAGCACUGGAGGCCCGGAGGCCGCAGUUCAUCUCUCGCUCGCAAGAGCGGCUGAGGAAGCUGGAGCUCAUGGCGCAGCAGAGGCGGGCGCAGCGCCAGGAGAGCCCGGGGCUGAAGCCGGGCCCCCUUCCCGUCCGCGCCAGCAGGAGGCAGUUCACCGUCCCCCAUCCGCUUAGUGAUAACUUGUUCAAACCCAAGGAAAGGUGCAUUUCGGAGAAGGAGAUGCACAUGCGAUCCAAGAGAAUCUACAACAACUUGCCGGAAGUCAGAAAGAAAAAAGAAGAACAGAAGAAAAGGGUGAUCUUACAGAGUAACAGACUCCGUGCGGAAGUCUUCAAAAAGCAAUUACUGGACCAGCUGCUUCAGCGGAACGCCGUCUAACCCAGGCGGCCUGCCGGCCCCUGCCCGGGCCUGGAUGGCUCCAGUGCUGGACACACGAUUAAACGGCCCAUCUUCACGGCGGCAAACACUGAUUUUUACUUUGGAUGAUUUUUUUUAUUUUUUGCAUAAAGGAAAGCCCCGCCUCCCGAACUGCUGGCCCAAACAGGCAGGACCAAUGGCACUCGAGGACGGGGCUCCGCAGACCAGGGGGCGAUCCGGUCACUACCCCGCCAGACCCCUUCCCUUCGUAUUUCCGAGCUUUCCCUUUUGCUUCUGACCCCUCCCCCUCCCCAUGCCCAUGCCCACCCGGCAGAAAGGCCUCGCUCGCUCCCGGGGGCUCAGGUCCCAGGGGUUCUAUUUUUUUAAUCAAAUUUCCAAAUGCAUCGCUUUUUACAAACCAGCCCCAGAUUCUGCCAGCUGUGCCAGUCUGCGCCCGGUCACCGUGUGGGGCCUCAGGGCCUCUGGACGCGGUGCCGAGUGCUGGAGGCAGCUCCGGA